AUGUUUACUUGUGUUCUUCUAUUAUUGACUGUAACUGCAGGUUACAGAGCUAAAGAAGUCAUCAGUCCGUACAGAGAUGUAACGUUUGCCACUGAAUCUGAGAAUGUGAAUCUGUCUUGUAAAUACACUGGUUCUGUUCGCAGUCUUCACUGGUAUCGUCAAUAUGCUGCUUCACCACCACAGUUUCUUAUUCUGGAUUAUUCAGGAUCCAUAAUUGAAGCUGUUCCUCCAGUUUCUGGAAUCUCCAUCGAACACAGAAACACAGAGAAGAGUGUUGAUCUGAUGAUCUCUUCUGUUAAAGUCACAGACUCUGCUCUGUAUUACUGCGUCCCCUUCGAACGGAUUGGUAUGGACCUGAUCGGGCCGUUAGAGCGAUCUGCACAGGGACAUCGAUUUCCAUUGGUCAUUGUGGACUAUGCAACUCGAUAUCCUGAGGCAGUGGCGUUACGCAAUAUCUCAGCAACCAGUGUUUCUGGUCUACCACCCACAAACAGACGGGCUGGUCGAACGUUUUAA